AUGUCCAGCGGCAACCCAACUCUCGAUGCCGCCGAGGCAAGUACUGGCAUGGAACCAUUGAACGCUGGACCAUCAUCGCAACAACCACCUCAGCACAGCGCCUUCGUCAAAGACUCAACCCUCGACAAUCUACCCAAAGCUUUACAGGAUGUCCCGUCUCCAUUCGAGGCUUUUGCCUUACCAUUGGACACAAAUCAGCGUGCUGGUGUUCAGACCAGCCAGACAACAUCACCUAACACUGUCUCAGAUGUCAAACAAUUCGAGGAUCUGGUGAAGGCUUCAAUGUUUCAGGAGGGCCCAGUGCGGGCAGAGGAGAGUCAGCGAGAAGACGUUCGGUGGCCGAGUGGUUACGAGGAUGUUCUCAAGAGAAUAACGCUCCUUGGUGACAAGAAUGGCGUGAGGAUUUUCAAGGUCAUCCGGGGCCAGAAGAGAGCGGAUGUCUUUGUUGUGGCGACGGAUAUCGACGAGGAGAGGCUGGUUGGUAUGAGGUUUGCUGAGCAUGAGUAA